AUUCGAAUGAAAAACGGGGUAAUUCUUUUUUAUCGUUUCGUUUCCAGUCUAAUUUUAUAUGUUACAAUAGUAAACACAACACAAGGAUCUAGAUCAAACAAAAAUAGAACACAUAAAAAUGUAGAGCAACACAGAUUGACAUCCUCUAGGAACACCAUGUACCAUAGAAGUAGGUCACUAGAAUUGCCAGAAAACCAGGUAUGUUAUCGAGUCUAACAUGUCAGGAUUUUUUCGACAUCCUGAAGGCCAUCUUCGUCCGGUGCAUGCUGGUCACCCACGCCCUAAUGGCCGUCUGGAGAGUGACUGUAAGUUACAAUAACAACCUGUACUGGAUACUGGCCGGUAUUCUAGUCCUACUCUUUGCAGAGUCCUGCUACACUAUCAUACGCAGGAGAGGGAAAGAGUAUCAGAGGUUUAUGCCGGCCUUCCUGUUUUACUUGUCCACGCUCCUGUCUUGUAUCUGGCUCCUGGAACUGGACAAGACGGAGAAGUAUCUUCUGGGUCAAGCUGAACUCCUGGAUAAACAGAUCAACUCUAGCCAGGACCUGCGAAUUCCGGAGCCCUCUCUCACUCCCAACACCUGGAUCAUGUUAGUCGAGGAAAUGUUUCCUUACUUAGUGUUGCUCUCCAGGUGGAUCCUGCCCAGGGGAAACGUCAACAGAAAGGAACUGGUCGAACUUCUAUUCGCUUUUAUCGGCAUUGGCGGAGACAUCAUGGAGUACUUCUCCCUGCUGGGCGAGGAAGCCGUACGCCCCAACCGACGCCUCUGCUACGUGGUGCUGGCCAUCUGGUCGCUGUCCGUACUGCAGUUCACCGUGACCGUCACGGUCAUCCACCAGCCUAAGCGGCAGAGGAACAUCAACGUGGUCGUCGACUCGACGGAGCUCGUUCUGCACAAGAAACAGCAGAAGUUUUGGUACGAAGUCCUGGCCAUCCUUCUGACCUUACUAAUGCAGGACAUUCCGUUCCUUAUUGUCCGAGUGUAUAUAAUGAUAAACUGCAGCAUCGUCGACUACAGCCUGAUCUUUUUCACGUCUAAAAACGCGAUGAUCAUAUCUCUUCUCAUUUACAAACUGUUAAUAUUAUGUGGAAGCUAUUAUCUAUCCGACGAAGAGGAUGAGUACGAUGAAGUCUUUGGACAACCUGCGCAGAAAAAAGAGGGGCAGCAGAGCCCACCGUGAUCGCGUACCAGAUACAUCCAGUCUUUACUUUAAGUCAAAAGCAGCAAGCAACAGUUUCAAUAACAUGCAAGAAGCACUCAUUAACGAUGAGAAUUUAAAAAAAAAUUUGGUCAGAAAUCUCCUGAGUCAGAAAAAGAAAACAUCUCUUGCAGAAGCGUUUCUUCUUUAGGUAUCUCUGAAAAAUUGGAUGGGUGUAAGGUCAGAAAAGGGGUCGGACUGUCACAGAAAAACAAAGGAGACGAGAUAGAAAUAAAGCACAAAUUAGGCGUGACCAAUACAUCGUCAAGUCUUGUGGCGUGGAACGGAGUUUCUGUCCUGGAAAACACACCGCUCCAAGUGUUUGAUGAGACAGGCUUUACAACGAGAGUGCAGGGCGAUCUGGCCUCGCCGCAGCGUUCUCAAGCAUCUGCGGAUAGGAUUGAUCUGAAAAGUGCUUUCAGCGUGUCAUCGUAUCUGCCGUCAUCCGAGAAAAUAACAGCAAACAAGACUUGGGCCAAAAAGAGUUCGUCCCUGCACUCGUAAACCAAACUAAACAGAUAAGCGAUGGCGAGAGACAAUUAGUAAUUGUUGACUUUGUAAUUUUGAACAAUAUAGAAGCAUCAAUGUGAUGGAUCUAUGAUGAUUUUUUAAACAAUCCAUCGUAUACAAGUAAUAUUAUUGUUAUGUUACACCAAUGAUUUUUUAAACAAUCCAUCGUAUACAAGUAAUAUUAUUGUUAUGUUACACCAAUGAUUUUAUAAACAAUCCAUCGUAUACAAGUAAUAUUAUUGUUAUGUUACACCAAUGACGGUGUAGUUCUAAAUAACAAUUAGAGCACCUUUAACAGAAGAAAAUAUGUCAACGAUCAAUUUUUAUUAUAAUGGGGAAAAAUACAUCAUCUCCCCUUUCGGUUCAUUGAAUCUCGUUCUUCUGUUUUUUUUUUGUUUUUUUUUUUAAUUGCAUCGAUACUUUAUUGACUUAAGCUUUGAGCUAAUUAGAAUAUUUGAAACGUAUUGUUUGAUCUAGUCCAUAGUUUGAUAUUAAUGACUUCAAACAUGUUUUCAUCUUAGAUUCAGUUUUUAUUUCCCUACGUCUAAACCAGCGGUUCUCAAACUUUUUAGCUUCUCGGCCACUUUUUACUAUUCCCCAUUAUGCGGCGACCCUCAACACUAAAAUCAAUAAAAUUAGUUUCAUUCCUACGCAUCAAUAACAGUGUUUUAGCCAAUAUUAGACAAUCGUAACUCUAAUGUAAGUAUUUGGUGUGUAUUGCAAAAGCUCUGUGUUUAAUCCGUAAUGUUUAAUACCCAAUAAUUAAAUUACAUCUUAUAGUAGACUUA